AUGGUUGUGAGAAGAGUAGCUUUUGGAUUGGCUUCGGCCACCAUCGUCAUUGCCGGGGUUAUUCUCGACCAUGUAGGUGCCAAGUGCAUCGACGUGCGCAUCUUCCGGGGCACCUCGCGCAUGAAUGAGAGGUCACUGGUCUCAUAUGGUACCUGGGUAUUGAUCACUCCCAUCAUGUGGACCAUAGCAUGGAUCACUGCCGAGGCGAUCCCGGCCUUCAAUGAUCUCCUUGUUCUUCUCGCAGCCGCCUUCUGUAGCUGGUUUACUUUCGGUUUAGAAGGCCUAUUUUGCCUGCAUUUAAACAAGGGGAAGCUUUUCUCGACCCAAACCAAGUCGGCUUUAACAGUACUUAACAUCAUAGUCCUCGGGAUCUGCCUAGUCACGCUAGCUGCAGCGCUGUAA